AGUCCCGAGUGGUGGUGAGUUGGGGCAAUGUCAGUGUGCUGAAACCGCAGUUGGUGUGUGCAGAGGCAGCCCUGAAGCAGCCCGGCUGGCGAUACCUGCUGAAUCUGGCAGCGGAGGAAGUGCCGCUUCGCACGAAUCUGGAACUGAUCGCGGCAAUGCAAGCACUGAACGGAUCAAACCUGCUGGAGGCUUUGAGGAUUGGAAACUAUAGUAACCGAACCAAAGGUGUCCGAUUACCAAACCAGGUACAUUCAUCUAGCUGUUUAUUCCCUGCUUCGUUUUAUUGA